CACGAGGUUGAUGAUAAAGGCAUAAUCUUCCAUACCUGCAGCAGUGGUGACCCUGCUGGUCGCUGAGUGUAACAGCAGGAGCUCUGGUCUGAAUCCAGCCCUUUUCACUUCAGCUUUUUUAGCCUCCAAAGUAAAAUCACAUGAUUUUUGUGUCAUAUGACACCGAUGUGAAGACCGAUUCUCCUGCAAGCUGCUGUGCAGAAACACUUGGCCACUUGUCAGGGAUGAGAUGCUGUAGACGAUCACUGCCGGGUGGAAGAGAUCACUGAUCUGGAGGAUGGACCGCUGGGGACUUUUUCCUGCCACUGCUGCCGUUUGUUUUAUCGGCAUGGUGCUGAGUCAGACCACUCCCACUCCUGCUGUGAUGAACACCACCCUCCUUCAGAGCACCACCGGUCUGACUCCAACACCCGUGAUUCUCAGCAGCACAACCCUAGGCUGCAACGAGUUUAACGUUUCCACUUGUGAGUCCUGUGCACCAGGCUCACAAUACGACAACAACACGCUGCUGUGCACGUGCUGUUCUGAUCCCGGGCUCUGUAUAUUUCCUGGAGCUUGUCUGCCUUGCAAAAAAGGCUUUUAUCAGUCACUAUCAGGACAGCAGGAGUGCCUGCCCUGCAGUCGGGGCUUCUACACCAAUUUUACCGGAAGUCCGUUAUGUCAUCCCUGCCCUGCUGGAUCCUUCAACAACAACACAGGUGGAGAAAGUUGCACCAGUUGUUCACCAGGUUUCUUUGCAUCAAAGCAGAGCUCUACUUCCUGUUUGCCAUGUGCACUGGGAAAUUUCUGCAACUCCUCUAGUUGCACACAGUGCCAGCUCUGCCCUGCAGGAGCAGAAGCUCUGCAGACUGCAGCUAAAGCCUGCACACCAUGUCGACCAGGCAUGCACAAAGCUCCCCGUCAGACAUUGUGCCAGAUCUGCAACAGCGGCUUCUACCAGAUUCUCUGGGGCCAAGAAAGCUGUGACAUCUGUCCAGAAAACCACUACUGCCCUAGCCCUGAUGUGAACCCCAUCCUGUGUCCGAAUGAUGCUUUCUGCCCCAAGGGGAGCACAGCUCCAGGCUACUGCAUGGAGACGUUCUUCCGCAAAGCAGGGGAGAGCUGUGAACUGGCACCUGUUACUAUUGCUCUGCUAGUUAUCGGAGGAGGAGUUGCUUUACUCUUCAUCGUUUUAUUGAUUCUUCGUCGACGGAGAGAGGCAGAUGGAGAGCUGACGGUUGCCCGAGCCCCUCUGCUACACAAGGAGCGACCCCAGGGUCGAUACUACGGGCUUCCCUGUGACACGGAGCCUGUUUACGCUGGCUGGUGAAACACUAAAACACAACAGAUCUGAGAAAAGCUUCACAUUCCACCUACGUUUUAAUGAGGUGCAUUUGGACAAAGCUAUUGCCAGAAUUUAAUUAUUAUGUUAGGGAUAAACAAGCAGUUUAUUGGAUAUUUAGAGAAUAAAGGCCAUGGAAUUUUGUCCCCACGUGAAAAGCACUUUUUAUUGUGUAAUUUCCUUUGUAUAUUAUUAAAAAAUAUAUUCAAUUACAUUAAUUUUAUUUUGUAUUCAAGUGUGUAUCGGUUGUUCUGUGACAGAAGUGUAAACAGAGGCUUGUGUUUUUACUAUUUCAUCAUUGAAAGCUGCGGUUUUCUGAGCUGUUCAACUGUUUUUUAAAUGUAAAAUUUGUGUGUUUUACAAGAAAAUAAAGGAAAAAGUUUGGGUUUCUAACUUUUCUAUUGA